AUGUUCGCAGAUGAUUUAACAAUGUUAUCGCGCCUGAAAUCCGGGUUAGACAGGAUGCUAAAGACUGCAUGGGAAUACAGCCAAAAAUGGAGAUUUAAUUUUAGUGUUACGAAAACAGUUAUAUUAAUAUUUGGAGAGAGCCAGCAAGAACACGAAGCAAACAAUAGGUUGAGAGCUUGGAAACUUGGUUCCCAGAUUUUAUCUGAAAAGGGGUUGUGGUCAAAUCUCGGAAAACUUUGGCUUGCAAAUAGAGACAGUAAGGAAAUCGUUUCAAAAGCAACAUGUGCAGGUAGAGAAGUCUGUUUUAUGUUGAUGGCUGUUGGUACUCGCUACGGAGGUUUAAAUCCUAUGGUUUCGUCUUAUUUAUGGCGUAAGAUUGGCAUUCCAAAGUUCCUGUAUGGAUCAGAGCUCUGGCAGCUGAAAAUGAACAACUAUAUUGAGUUAGAAAAGGUCCAAAAUAUCAUGGUCAGGAUCAUGCAGGGACUAUUACCAGGAACGUCUGGGUCUGCGGCACAGGGACUUCUCGGGUUACUUUCAGUUGAAGCGGAGAUAGAUAAGCGAAAAUUGUAUUUUCUGGGAAGAUUGAUAAACAUGGGUGCCGGUGCACCAUGCCGCCGUGUCUUCUUUAUCAGGUUACUAAGGUGGAAGUGGAACUGUGGAAAAAAAUUAACCGGAUUUGUGCCAGACAUUGUUGAAAUUCUCGCAAAGUACGACGUUUUGCAAGUUUUAAUCACUUACAUUCUCACAAAUGAUUUCCCUAUAAAAACUCUGUGGAAAAAGAAUGUCAAUAAACAUGUUCGAGAGCAAUAUGAUAGUGUUUGGCGAGAAAAGAUUAGUAAGAACAAUCAACUAUAUCUCUACUCUAAGGUUCAUACAAAGAAUGAAGUUUCUCAUUGGUGGAUAAUAGCAAGAAAGAAUCCAUCCUUCAUGAAGGAGAUUAAUAACAUCAUAAGACUAAUUUGUGGCUCAUACAAGGUCAGGGGGAAGUGUGUGGAUCAUCCUAAUACGUACAUUGACUAUUGUGACUCAUGUAAUCGUAACUAUUUAAAUCCUGUUAAUCAUGCCGUGCUUUAUUGCUUAGGUUCGCAAAACAAGCGUGAACUAUUGUGGGACUGGGUAAACGAUAAUCUUCCUUUACAGGUUGCUGUUUAUUUAGCAACAUUAUCGGACACAGAUUUUAUGCUUACUCUUUUAGCCUUACAAUCAGAAACUUUAUGCUUUGAUAUGAACUGUGGACAUUAUAUUUAUUGCAAUCUGCAUGUUAUAUUUCAUCUUGUUUUCAAAAUAGUGUAA